ACUCAAGCAGACACACAAUGUUACGGGCUGCACAGGUGUAUCAGGUUCAUAUGUGUACAAAGAUGUCACAUCACAUGCAUUUUACUGGAGAGCCACACACAACUGUGAACAUUCAUUCAUAUUUUUCUGACUUUAUUUCCUAUUAACACACUCAUGAACCAUAAUUGCACGUAUGCAAACUAAAUAUGCAAUCUCACGGCCCCCUUCACAUACACACACACACAUACACACCCACAUACACACACACACAUACAGAACCGUGUACGCACUUGUCUUUUUAGCGCAUACUCCUCCGCUAGACUGUGGUGCUGCAGAGAGCCAGAGGAGGAAGUGGGAGAAGAGCGGAGGAGUGGCAGCAAGCCUGUCGGAGGAAAAGAAAAGAAGAGGGAUGGUGAAAUGGGAAGGAAAUGGACAGAUGACGGGGGAAGGGGGUGUCAGAGAGAGAGAGUUGGGCUGCGUGUUCAGAUUCAAGGCUAAUGUAGCCUAUAGCCGCUGAGACUCCGCUGCAAGCAAAGAGCAGCCGAUUCACAAAUCAACCUCUUCAUCUCUCAUUCUCUCCUCCUCCUCCUCACCAGGAUAUUGAUAUUCAGGCAGGGGCAGACUAGGGACCUUGUGUCCAUGCUGCCAAACCUCAAACCUCCCUGAGGCAGCCGAACCACCGCGGGCGAGGCGGGGGUAGAGGAGGAGGAGGAGGAGGUGGCAGCCGAGGGGGGGGACAUGGAGACUUCAGACAGGCCAGGGACAUGAGGGAUGGCCAGUCAGAGGGCAAGACCGGGGCGCAUCCGAACAAGAUGUAUCAGAACACACCCAACAGGAAAGGGAACCCACCUGCCGAGAAGUCAGACAAGAGGAUGACCCUCCCGUCACGGUUUCAGAAGGAGGUGCAUGCUCACCUUUCUAAAAACUCCCAACGGACCGGCCCACCCUUAAAUCUAAACGAGAGCCUCCACUCGGGGAAAGGAAAGCCCUACAACCCUCAGCAGGUCCAGGGGUGCAUCAGGGAGAUUCUGGGGAAGUACAGUAACGGGUUCUGGGUGUCAAAGCUGCCGCAGAUCUACAGGGAGCUGUAUAAACGGGAUAUGCCCACUGAGGCCAUCAAAGACUUGGAGACCUGGACUCACAUAUGCACUGUAGAGAAAACCUGCAGCAGCAACCCAUCAGAGUUGCUGCUUUACCCUGCCAAGGGACAGACCACCACAUCCUCCCCUCCACCCAUCCUUAACCCAAACUCCACCUCUGGCCCUGUGCCAAAUUCAAACACCCCGAAAAACAAACCUGUGCAGUCCCCCACCCAGAAGAGUCCCCCCAGCACCCAUUUGACUCACUCUGGUUCCUGCUCUCCUCAGACUACAACAUCAUCCUCCUCGUCCCCCAGUCCUCCCUCCUCCCCUGCCACCCUCAGCCCCGACCUGAAGCUGAAACUGGAGGAGCUGCUGGUGAAGUACCCCAACGGCCUGUGGGCCCACGCGUUGCCCAAGCUCUUCCAGGACACGUACAAAUUCAAACUGCCCGGACACGUCCUGGAGAACCUUCACCUCCUCUCCGACAUCUGCACCAUCGACUACCCCAUGCCUGACAACCCCAAGAGAGCCAUCUUGUACAAGGGGAGCAGCAGUGGUGGUGGUGGAGGAGUAGAGGAUGAGAACUGUAAUAGGAGGAACUCCUCAGCCAGUGUGGAGGAGCAGAGGGUGAGGCAGGAGCUGGGGAGGAAACUCAGUAACCACGCGGUGCCCUCUCUGCAAAUACCCAAAGAGGAGUACCCCUCUGUGCUUGUGGUGGAGGCCACCAACACCAACGGAGUUAUAAUCAGGUACAUUGGUGAGGGUUACUCCCAGGCCCAGGAGUCCAUGGAAGAUGAAAUGAGGGUUUUUUACGGUGUGGACCAAAGCAGUCCAACUCCUUUGUCGUCUCCAUCCUCCGGCCAACUUGUUGCUGUCAGGGCCGAGGAGGAGGAGGAGGAGAUUCUUAGGGCGCAAAUCUGUGAGGUCAUGGUUGACAAGGUCAAGGUGCACUUUGUGGAUCAUGGCUUCUCAGAGGUGAUCAGCAAAACCAAAGUGUUUGAGCUGCAUGAGAAGUUUUUCCAACUGCCCUUCCAGGCGACCAAAUGUAAACUAGCAGGUCUGAAGCCAUUCUGUCAGGAGCCUGCUGUGCUGAAGAAGUUUGAGACAAUGGCAAGUGGAAAGAUCCUAUUGGCAGAGAUCAUAGAGAGAGGGCAGACCCCCGUUGUCGUCCUGUAUGACACGUCGCAGGAUGACGAUGUCAACAUCAACGCUGCCUGUAUGAAAGCCCUGCAGGACAAGACGCUUGCCAGCCCGUCACAGGUGAACAGCACUUAUAUGAACGUGACUGUCAGAAGUGUCUGCUCAGAUGGGACCAUCUACUGCCAGCUGCCCUCCAGAGGCCUUUCCAAGCUCAAUGAGAUACUGGAGAACAUAGAGACAUGCUUCCACUCACAGGUAACAUCAGAGUUCUUGGUAUCAAGACCCUUCUGUGGGAAAGGGUGUCUGGCUCGCUACAAAGGCAAAUGGUCCCGUGUUGAGAUCACCAACCUGCACGGCAGCAGAGUGCUGGACAUCUUGUUCAUUGAUGUUGGCGUCCAGGCUUCUGUAGAGGUGUUUGAGCUGAGAGAGAUCCCACCGCCAUUCCUCCGUGACCUCAUGUCCAUCCCGCCACAGGCUGUGAAGUGCUGUCUAGCAGACCUGGCUGUCAGUGUUGGCUCCUGGACUCCAGAUGUUGUCCAAUGGCUUCGAGAGAAAGUGCUCAACACCACAGACUGUAGCAUGAAGGUUGCCAAGGUAGAUGAAACCAAGCGCUGCAUCUACGUCCACCUCUUCACCGACAAGAACUUCCAGGACCCGGCCCGCAGCCUCAACCAUCAGAUGGCCCAGUCUGACCUGUUCAAACAGCAACCAGAUGUGUUCCUGACGAGCCACAGCCCUGCCAAGAUCUUCACAACCACUUUAUCCUCCAAAACCCCCAGCACCGGUGACUACACCAAUGGGAGUCCAAUGUCAACCUCUUCCCCAGCCAAGCCUCAUCUCAGGAGGGUUCUAUCAGGACCCAGAGGAGGCGGAGGAGGCAACAAGACUACCACCCGCCCACUAGAGACUCCGUCACCCCCCUCAUCCUCUCUCCAGCUGCCACCAUUACUAGAGUUCCCCCCAGCAGGAAGCAACAUAGACGUCUAUGUAUCAGUGGCGUGCCAUCCGGGCCACUUUGUGCUGCAGCCCUGGAGAGAUAUGUACAAACUGGUUGUGUUGAUGGGAGAGAUGAUUCUCUACUACAAUAAAACUGAGGAGAAACCCCUAAACAUAGAGAAGAAUCAGAUAUAUGCUGCUAAAGUGGAGAACAGCUGGCAUCGUGUGUUGGUGAAGGGAGUUCUGACCAACGGGUUGGUGUCUGUGUACGAGUUGGACUACGGUAAACAUGAGCUGGUCAGCUGCACACAGCUCAGACCUCUGAUCAAAGAGUUCAGACAGCUGCCGUUCCAGGGAAUCACUGCUCAGCUGGCUGGAUUGAAGCCGAGGCAGUGGUCAGAGGAAGCUGCUAUCGUCUUCAGGAACCACGUGGAGAAGAAACCCCUUGUGGCCCAGCUGGAGGCCGUACAGGAAGCCACUAACCCGUGGGACAGGAAGUUGAUGGUCUUCCUUGUCGACACUUCACAGGAAGAAAGGGACGUCUGGGUGCACGACAUCAUGGCUGAAUUUGCUGAAGAGCUGACCAACGAGCUGUAGGCAGCAGAAGAUCGUCGACACGUCUUACUAGGUCAGCAGUUUCCUGCUGCUCAAUGAACACACUGUGAGUUGUGGAUAGAUAAAAUAGAAGCUUAUCUAUCUUUAUGUAUCCACCAUGUAGGGCGACUGAAAGAAGACAGGAAGAAAAGAUGAAGGAGAAGUUAUGAGUAGAAGGGAAAGCUUUGAUAGCAUAUAGAGGGAAAAACAAGAGGUGUAGGUGUUGUAGCCACUUGCUUGUCGUGUUUUGGGCUGUACAUGGAGGGAUGCCGUGAUGUGAUUUUGCAGUGUGACCACUGGACAACACACCCAUGCAUGAUGUUGGUCCAAUCUUGCCACAAAUACUCUAAACAUACCUUCAGCAUACAGUAACAAACUGCUGAAUUUCUCCAUAAUAUAACAAAGCUGUGGAAGUGAUACAACAGCAGCGUCUCACACUACCGCACCGUGAGUGCAUCCAGUUAUAGUGUGUGUCGUCCGGGGGCGACGCCUGAACACCGUUAACCCUGCCAAUGUGAGCACCAUGCACAAAAUGUUCAGAUUAGCUCUUCUCACAUUCUUGGAAGAUUUAAAUACAUUUGUUUACAAAAUCUGCUUUUUUUGGAUAGUAUUUGUGAUUGUCAUAAAGUUUCCAAAAGUUAGAGCCAACAUUCCCCUGAGGAGAAGAAACAGACAAGUCCGUAGUAGUUUACACUUUUUGUAUAUGCUUGAAUAAACGCUUGUUUUCUCCAGUUAGACUCUUCUUAGCAUAUGCAUGCUGACACAGAGUCUACAUACUGACCGAGCGAGAGCAGAAUCAGAAGCUGAUGGGGUUUGUUAAGGAAGUAUAUACUUGGUGUGAGAUAUGUUUGUAUCCUGACAUGAGUUGUUUUUCGUAGUAGUACAUCCUGGCACUGCAUGUACAGUAGAAGGGAUUUUACAUUGAAUUGAAAGAGUACAUUGACACACAGACAGUUCCUCAGACUUUUUGACUGUGCAUUGCUUAAAAGCGCAGUGACAUUUGAAACUCAGAGUUGAGUAACUCUCUAUUAUUCUCUUUCUUGUCUUAAAAUGAGACUUUGAUUUCUCCACAUCACCUGCUGCAUGUCGCAGAUCUUUCUUAAUUGUGCGCAUACACUUUGAUGUUAUAAUAAUAAGCAAUACGUUUCCAGUAGUGUGAAGCUUUUACAUUUCCAAAAGGAGAUAAGUUCUGCUCGUGUUUGGUUCCAGUACUACUAUCAAAUGUUGGCCGAUUGUGGGAUUUUAUUCUGAAAUGUGUGUGUUUUUAUUCUGGCACACCUGCACCGUGGUUUUGGAUUUGCAAAUGCUUCUCCAGUUCUGAAGACCGUAGACCCGACAAAGCUCAAAGCUGCAUUGUUGUUAACAAGUGACAAGUGACAGGAAUUUAAUUUAUAUUUAACUUAUAUUCUCUGGAGGAUGAUGAAUGCUUCAUUCAUUUCCAUGUUGUUGUUUGACGAUGAGCUGGAGGUAAUAAAUGACUUGUUUUUGGAAUAAAGUCUGUUUGAGAAGUUUAAA